UUAACGUUAAAGAUUUAGGAAUUAUCAACGUUCAGUUGGCGUUGUUUCUCCAAUAAAAUGUCUUUUCCUAGAGCGGCAUUAAAAAGAUUUAAUGAAGCGAAAGAUUCUGGCCCUCCUCCUGGCCACUACACCGUAAAACAGCCAGAAAAGAACCUUGGAACAUUUAAAUUUGAGCAUGCUGGUGAAAGAUUUAAAUCAAUGGAGUCAAUUCCAGAUGAAAGUGUACAAGCUGAUAAUAAUACUUUCACAGCUCCUGUUCCCCCAAUAACUAACAGCAAGAAAAAGUUAAACUUUUCUGGCUCAGAAAAUAAAAAGCCAGAAAAAAGAAGAACACCAGUGAAAAGUUCACCUAAUGUUGUUUCAAAAGAAAAGCAAGCCUAUGAAAGGGAGAUUCGUCAGCUGUUACAGCAGUGUAGUGACAGGGAAGCCGACAUCAAACGUCAUAAACUUGAAAUCCAGCGGUUUGAGGGAAAAGUUAGCAUUCUAACCAAGGAUAAGAUUUCACUUGAAAGCAAUACAAGCCUUAUGGAGAAAAGUAUAGCAGCACUGACUAAGAAAAAUGAGUUUCUUAUAGCUCAGUGUGAAAAAGAGAAGAAAAAGGAAAACAGUGAGUUGGACCUUAAAAAACUAAAAACUCAAAUUUUGUCAAUGAAGCAGCAAAGUGAUAGAGACAAAAUGAAAAUUGCCAACUUGGAGGCGGACCUGGAUGCUGCUAGGUCAAGGAUUAUGGCUUUGCGAGAUGCAAACAAAGUGUUAGAGCAACUAAACCUUGAAAUUGAAAAGCAUGGAAGUGAUGUAUCCGUGCAGGUGGAAAGAUUACAAGGAUUGGUGGAUAAACUCAGAGAAGAAAACGCUCGACUUCAGGAUGAAGGAGAAGAUACUAAAUUAAAGCUCACAGAGAUUCAAGAAGAGUUUAAUGAAAAACUACAGUGUGUGCUCCAAGAACGUAUGAAGGAAUGUGAAAAUAAGACACAGGCUGCCAAUAAGCAAGUUGCAGAAUUGCAAACCAACAUACAAGAUGCAGAUGCAAAGCUUGAGGAAUUGUCAGAAACAGUGAACUUAUUGCAGUGUGAAAAGUCUGACAUGCAUGCAGUGAAUGUAAAGUUGCAACAACAUAUAUCUGAAACUGAACAACGAUGUGAAACAUUUGCUGCAGAGGAAAGUGAGCGAAAAAAUGAAUUAAAGAAGAGAAUUAUGGAAGUGGAAACCGCUCAAGUGGAAAUUGAAAAUCUUCAAAAGGAAUUGAAAGAAAACAAGGAGAAGCAUGAAAGCGUUUUGAAGGAGACUGACGAAAGACGCGCCGAAGCACUUGAAGAAUCAAGGGCUCUGAAUAAGAAGCUAGAUGCAUUGGCGAAAUGUGAAGCCGAAUUGUCGCAAGAAGUUUCCAACAAAACUUCCGAAACCGAACAACUUCGUGGGCAGCUUGAGUCGGUGACGUCAUCUAAGAACGAUUUAGCCCAAGAGGUGGAAACUAUAAAAAAAGAGCUUGGCUUGCUGCGUGCGGACCACAUGGAAAAAUCAAAAAAGCUAAACGAAGUGGAAACAGAGAAGAAAACGUUGAUGGAACAGUUGGAUGAUAAUAAACAUCAACUUGAAAGACACAAGGAAGCGUCAAUGACGUCUGAGGCGAAAUAUCUCGAUUUGGAAAAGCAGUUUGCAUCAGCUAAUCAGAAUGCUAUGGCGAUAAAAAUGCGGGAGGAGAAGUUGAGAUUGGAGGUGGAGGAUGCAAGGAUGACAUGGAAGCAGGAAGAGGAAGGGCAUCAUGAGAAACUCAAGGAGUUUACAAGGAGGAUUUUGGACACGCAGAAAAAACUGAACCAGCGUGAAAAUGAAGUGAAAACUUUAACAGAAGAAUUAGUGAGCAUUAAGAGAGCUAUGGAUGAUUUGAAUGAUAAAUCCAAUGAACAAUGUCGAAACUCGGAAGUUGAAAUAUCAAGUUUGAAAGCUAAAAACGAGCAACUUGAGUGUGACGUCACAAAGCUGACCGAAGGAAUUAACGAGCUGAAGGAGGCGGUAGAAAGCAAGGGAAAUGCGGACGAAACAGAAAAAUGGAAGACAUUGUAUGAGGAGUUAUUGGAGAAAGUGAAGCCUUUCCAGGGUCAGCUUGACGCCUACUCAGCAGAGAAAGCGAUGCUUUUGUCCGAAACAUCUGCUGCUCAAGCUGAAACUACUAGACUUGGUCUAAAGUAUGCGGAGUUACUUGGCCAUCAGAACCAACGGCAGAAAAUUAAACAUAUCGUGAAAAUCAAGGAAGAAAGUGUUGCAUUGAAACAGGAAAACACAAAAUUGCGAAACCAAGUAUCUCUGCUGACGAAGCAAGUCGUAAAAUCCCGUAAACCUGUGUUCGACCCUGCUACUGCAUUUCAACAUCAUAAAGAGAACGCCAACCCCAACUAAAGGCCUUUUUGAUUUAAAGUAAUUUAUCGAUUUUAUUUUUUACUUGGAUAUCGCAGAGCGUCUGCAAUAGUAUUUUGCGUUGUCGUUUUCAUGCUGGCUCAGUAUGUUUGUUAUUGCCGAUACGAGCAAUUUUUUUGCUGAUUUUAUUCGUUUUGCUGUUACAAAUCAUUUGUAUUAUUAACCGAUGCUUGCGAGACGACACUCAAAUAAAUUUACUUUAAAUUAA